UUCCUGUUUGCUGUUGACGGCUGUACUGCGUUUGAGCUCCGUCACUAUAUUCUUUUCAUUGACUAUUUUUAACUUAAAAAUCAAUUUUAUACAUCAUUGUUUCCGUUUAUAUAACGCGUGAAUAUAUCCUCUAUUGUAUUCUACAACAAAAACAAUCAGAGCGCCUCGCUAUCACUAGUUUUAUUUUGAUCUCCCGGGUCCGCUAUUAGCUUUUAGCCAGUUAGCAUCAGCAAGCGUGUUUGCUGCUAACUGCGCUUACAUUGCUAAUACUCUAUUCUCACACAUUAACACUGCUGUACUCACUGUUACUUGCUUUAAUGGCGGAUGAAUGUCUCCACUCUGUGCAGCUCGAGCUCGAGGCCGUGGGGAAGCAGAUUCGCGACCUGGAACAGAGGCAGGCCCAGCUGAGAGAGCGGAGAGCCGCGCUGGAAUCAUCCCGGGCUGACGCUCACAAGUCCGGGGUAAGUAUACAGCGUGCUGUUAACAGUCCCACCACGUCUACUCCGUGUGUUUCUCUGCGUAGGCCCGGUGCACCCAGGACGCGAUCUUCCCAGAUGUCCUUCACUGCGACUCCGGGACACCACGGACCCUGGGUGCAUCCACAGCGGAGGACGCGAGCUGGGUCCCGGGUGACUACUUCUCCCCCUCCUGCCUUCGAGCUCUCCAUCCAGAACCGCUUCGCUCCCCUCCGCGAGACAGGACGCGACGCUGUGAUCAUCGGAGACUCCAUCGUCCGACACAUACCCGCGAUCCUGAAGGACGGCGAGAGCCCCAGAGCGGUCGUGCUUCACGCCGGGGUUAACGACACCACGCUGCGGCUGACGGAGACGCUGAAGAGGGACUUCAGGAGCCUGAUCGAGACGGUUCGCAGCACGACGCCCGCGGCGACGAUCGUCGUGUCAGGACCACUGCCCACGUAUCGACGAGGACACGAAAGGUUCAGUAGACUUUUUGCUUUAAAUGAAUGGUUGUUGUCAUGGUGUAAAGAACAGAAACUGCUAUUUGUUAAUAACUGGAAUCUUUUCUGGGAGCGUCCUAGACUGUUUCGCGCUGAUGGAUUACACCCCAGCAGAAUUGGAGUGGAGCUUCUCUCUGACAACAUCUCCAGGACACUUCGCUCCAUGUGACUAGAUUUAAACAAGCUCCAGUCUGGAUCCAGAACACCUGAGAAGAGAUGAUGCUGACCCUCAGAGGACCCCAGAUGAUGCUAACCUUGAAUCAACAAACAGAACUAACAAUUAUUGCUAAAUGUGUGACUGAAUCAUAUAAUAACUUAAUUAAUAAUAUUGAUAGUUCAUCGUCUAGCUGACUACGUCUUGUAUUAUUAUUAUUUUUUUUUCUAAAAUCCUGUCAAAUGUGCACAAACUACUAGCUACUACUAAAUAUUGUAGAAACAUAAUUUUCUGUAAAGUUGCUUUGUAACGAUUUAUUUUGUAAAAAGCGCUAUACAAAUAAACUUGAAUUGAAUUGAAU